AUGAACCGUGAUCGCGGAGUAUCUACCCAAAGACGAACGGGACCCCGCCAACCCCUCUCGGUACAAAAUUCGAAACUGCCCCAACCCGUUCUAGAUGCAUCAAAACGAAUCAAAGUGAAGGUUGAUGAGGACCACGGAUUAUACGAAUUCUUCAGACAUAAGGAUAAGCCAUUAAGUACGCCAGCUGAGGAUGGAAGUCAUGGGAGACCGUGGAGUGCAGAAGAAUUGAGGGGGAAGAGUUGGGAGGAUUUACAUUCGCUUUGGUGGAUUUGCUGUAAGGAGAGGAAUCGCAUUGCUACAGAGGCUUAUGAGAGGAGCAGAUUGCACGCGGGGCAUGGUGAUGAGGAUGCGGAGAAGAGGGAGAUGACUGUUCGGAGAACACAAAGAGCCAUCAAACAAGUUUUGACCGAAAGAUACUAUUCUUGGCAGGACGCGGCAGUCAUUGCGAAGGAUGAUCCAGAAAUCAAUCUUUCGGGUGAUGGACCACUAUACACCCCUAAAGAAUUUGAGGAAGAUAUAGAGGAGGAUGUUGAGGCUGAAGCCGAAGGGGAGGUAGAGUCAAAACCUCUUCAGAUCACAGCUUAG